CAGCCCGCCGCCCCCAUCCCCGCCGCUCCGGGGACUCGGCUUCCCUGCCUGACUGGAAAGUGGCGCCGGCUUCGUUUUUCCGCGAGCGGCGGCCGUGCUCGGGCGAGGCGGGCUCGCACUGCUUUGGCGAAAGCUACCGUAUUUUUUCGGACUUUUUUUUUCUUUUUAGUCUCGUUCUUUCUGCGCCUUCUCGCGCAGGCGUCCCUGCGAGCCGGUGGGGCCCUUGAGCGUUACGGCGCCGCGGAAAAGCCGGCGGGGGCGGGGCGGGCCCUUUCGGCCGAGCCGUCGCAGCCGGUGCCCGCCCCGGCCCGCCAUGUACUACAAGUUCAGCGGCUUCGCGCAGCGCCUCGCCGGGGCCACGGCGGCCGCCGCCUACACGCCACAGGGACUCAAACCAUUAAUUCCCACUGAAUCCCCUGAUCUGAUUUUUGGGACAAGUAAACUUGCUCCAGGUUUACCAGCAGCUGAUCAUUACUUGGGUACAAACAAGGUGCCAGACCUACAGAAAGUUUUUCAGAGAUCAGAUGGACUGCCAGUACACCUGAAGCUGGGAUAUCCAGACAGGCUGCUCUAUCGGACCACAAUGGCUCUGACAAUAGGAGGGACUAUCUACUGUCUGGUAGCACUGUUCAUUGCCUCACAGCCAAAGAAACAAAAAUAAAUGAACCACACCUCAUGGGACUCUCAGCACUCCACUGAAGGAUCUCCUGCAUGUACCACUUUGCACUUAAAUUUGUUCCCUGUGAUCACAUAGGGUUCAUUAUUCAGAUUGGAUUUCUUGGAGAAAAUGUUUUUAAAUCGGUUGCCUUAUGUAUUCUAAAGCACCAAUAUAAACAGAGAAAUACAAUAUUUUAACAUAUGGUUGUAGCUUUUCUUGUCUUGCAGGAGUUAAUAAACAGUUGGAGAAAGUUAAGCUUUUCCUUCCAUCUCUUCCCCAACUUAAACAAUGUUAGAGAGGGGACAGGACAAAUAAUUUGUGAGCUAUGCACCACAUUCCUUAGUGGAAGGAUGCUGCUAGUUUCCAAAACACUUAAAGCAAGCAAAUUAAUUAUAGCAUUCUGGGAACCUGCUUCUGUCCUAUACUUUUCCAAACCCUGGUACAUUAGUAAAUAAUAUACCACCUCUGGUGGUAGGACAAAGGGCUUGUCUCCCUGGAGCAUUUAAAGUGGAUUUAUUCCAUAACUGUAGCAUCGCUGUAUGCAGCAGAGUACACCAUUAUAGCAUCAGUUACACCAGUUUUUGGACUUUCCUCUGUCAAACUGAAUUAUCAUUCAAUAAAGAUAGCUACAUGAAUACUAAAAGAGUCAAGUCUCAAAAGUUUCAGAGCAUUUCAGCAUGCCUGGUAGUGAAGUAAACAUUGGUACACUUAUAGGUUCAACUUGAAGAUCUCAAAUAAUAAAACUGAUUCAGCUA